UCCCCUAUCCUCAAGAUUCAUAUUCUCAAGAUUUGUAUUCCCAAGACCCCUAUUCUCAAGAUUCGCAUUCCCAAGAUUCAUAUUCCCAAGGCUCUUAUUUUCAAGAUUCAUAUUUCCAAAACCUCUAUUUUCAAGAAUCAAAUUUACAAGAAUCAGAUUUACAAAAAUCAGAUUCACAAAAAUCAGAUUCUCAAGAAUUAUGCCUUCAAGAUUCAUAUUUCCAAGAUUCUGUAAAGACUUUUAUUCAAAACUUAGCUGUUACAAUCUUUUGUAGUUGA